AUGAGCAGAAUGUUGAUGCUAACUUUCGAAUAUUAUAAGAAUGUCUAUGUAUGUUCAGGUGAAGAUGGUCUAGAUACUGAUGUUCCCACUGAGCUGGAGGCUCACCUAUUCACGACUCCAGGGCGAAAAUUCAUUUGGCUGCUCUUUCAGCCGCUUUUCUAUGCGUUUCGUCCUCUAGUAAUUUAUAAAAAGGCACCAACCGAUCUAGAGAUCAUCAAUGCUAUAAUUCAGAUAAGCUUUGAUGUGCUCAUUUUGCAACUAUUCGGCUAUCGUUCUUUUGCGUACUUGAUUAUCGGUACACUUGUUGCCAUGGGAGUUCAUCCUAGUGCGGGUCAUUUCAUAUCGGAGCACUAUGUGUUCAAGGAAAAUCAGGAAACCUAUAGUUAUUACGGACCAUGGAAUCUGUGCACAUUUAACGUAGGAUAUCAUGUGGAACACCAUGACUUUCCUUAUAUUCCAGGGAGAAAUCUACCAAAGGUUGCACAAAUUGCUCCUGAAUUCUAUGAAGGAUUGCAUAGGCAUUCAUCGUGGACAAAAGUACUAUUUGACUUUGUUGUUUCUCCAGAUAUUGGACCAUAUAUGCGCUUAAAAAGAAAGGCUUCUGUACCACAAACAUUCCAAGCAAGACAUGCUCUAAUGGAGUACUUUGAAGCAUUCCUCCAACAUGCUGGAUUCAAUGAUGUCAUGAGGAUCGCCUCACACUGGUUAGACAUAAAUAAUAAUAAAAAGCAUGUUUGA